AUGAACUCGUAUAAUGCAGUCUAUCCCAUUGCCAUGUUCUUAUCAUUGUAUAGAUUUAUCAACGGGAAAAGUGCAGCAUGUCCGUUCCCUGGUAGCCUCGGAACAUGGAAAGCCCUCGCGAGUGAUGCCGGAGCUGAUAUGAUCGCAAAGGCCUCCAUUCACUUGUCUCUACAUCCUAGCCCAGGGAUCAAAGGAGAAGGGUUCAACGUAGCAUCUUCAGAGACACCGUGGAGCUGGGAGAUGAAGUGGCCGCCCCUUUGCGAAUGGUUUGGGCUCAUUGGAGAGCCGCCAGUGGAUAAUGAGAAGAGCAAAACGUCAUCACCAGGACCUGACAGGUAUAUUCAAUCACAUGAGACGGAAUAUAAGCGUAUGAUACAAGAGUACGGUCUAAAGGCUUGGAAUGUUGCUUCCCCAUCUAUGGAUGGGUCAGAGAACUGGGGUUUGACCAAGCUAAAUUUCGACCGGCACCUCGACCUCCAGAAGUUAAGAUCCACUGGCUUCAUGGGAGACGAGAGUCCACGAGAUACGUGGAUUAAUGUUCUGGAGUUGAUGAGAGCAGCGAGGUUUAUUCCAUGA